CUAGCAGCAAAGUAUGUUUUCAGUUUGAGAAACUUAGAAUCCAAUUUAGAUAUCUUCAUUGAUUCGAUCUGAAUCAAAGUCUUGGUUAACCUUUUUACUCAAAGAUAUCCAUUUUUCUGCAUCAAGAACAAUGGCAUCUCCUCAUCCUGAAUAUGCUACUUCUCAUGGAACCAAUAUUCAAGCUAACUUGGCUGCCAAAGAAAUCCUUCCAGUUGAAGGAAAAAAUUAUAUUCCAAUACCCAGACUUGGGGAAAAAAGUUUGAAGAUCUGGAGCUCACAGGUAUUGUUGCCUUAUACUGCUAACAACCAUUCUUAUGCCUUCUUAGGUCCUUUCCUACCAUACUUGAAACUAGAACAACUUGACCAAUUUUUACCAAGAUUAGAUGAAGAAUGGCCUCUUGUACACCUUCCCAUUAUAAGGACUGAUUUUACCAAUAAAGAUCAUGCCAGGAUAUUUAGAGCCACCCCUCCAGUUGAUAGGAACAAUUUUUUCAAAUGGAUGGACCGAGUGGAAAAUGUAUAUGGUAACCAUUGGAAAAAAUUAGGGAUUUAUGAGUUCAUGCAACUAUGCAGACUUGACUUGACAUCCCUUGAUAUCCCUCUUCUAAUGGCUUCAUUUAUCGUGUGGAAUCGAAGCACACAUGCUUUCGAUCUGCCUUGUGGACCAGCUAGUCCAACCCUUCUCGAUAUCGCAGCUAUAACAGGGUUACGACCAAUAGGUGAAAGAUAUGCAAUGGGUCUGAUCAAAGAUGAAAUCAAUGUAGAGACAGUUGGGGUUAACUUCAGAUAUUCAACCUACAGAAGAUACAUCAAAGAACAUCAAGGAGAAGCAGGUACUUAUGUAACCGAAAAAGAGCACAUAAGCUUUCUAUUAUAUUGGCUUUCAUCGCAUGUAUUAUGUACUCCAGCAUUGAAAGUUACAAAAAAUGUUUUCAAUCUUGCCCAAGCUCUCCAUCUUGGUAAAGAUAUAUGCCUAAGUAAAUUCCUCCUGGCAUCCCUCUACAAAGCCAUGGAUGAAGCGGUUGACAUCUUCAAAGCUCCUUAUCUACUCAGAAAUUUUUCUGGCCCUCUUUGGCUUAUGCAGUUAUGGCUAAAUGCAAUUUUUGAGAAGAAACUAAACCUGAAGGGAGAAGCUACCAUGCAAAAAGUUGAAGGGGCUCGUUUGACCUAUCUUACUCGGAAAAAGGAAUAUACGGUGGAAGCUUUUAAAGAAUACAUAAGCACAUUCCUAAGUUUCGAGGAGUUUACUGAUGAUUUGGCUCCUUUCCUAAGACCAAGUUUGAUAGGGCCAAAGUGGCUUAAGUUAAGAUUUCCGUGUGAAAAUAGAGGUGAACAAUCUGAGUUGAUAAAUAUAUGGUCAGCAUUUCUUACUGGGGAUAUUAUCUUCACUGGGACAAUGGAAAGAGAUAUUCGAUUUUAUGCUUAUCAGCCACAACUAUUUGCUCGACAAUUUGGGCUUUCUCAGUUGUUACCUGUACCUGUUAUGAAGCAGAGGCUAAAACCUGAUCAUAUCCUCAACAAAAAGUUCAUUCCGGAUUUGAUCAACACAGCAAUAUCAAAACCUCAACCUUCUUUUACUCCAGUCUCUUUCGAGAAUAAUUUUUAUGGUAUUCAACCUUUUUUCGAUUGGUGGAAAUCUUAUUACUCCAAGAAGCCCAUCAUUAUUAAUCAAAUCUUUGAAAAAUUGACUAAUUCUAUCACCUUUCCGGAACUAGAUCUCAAAGCAGCUGAACCACUUACUUUACCCAAAAGGAAUGAGGAUUGGGAGAGUGCUGAAGAGGAAGAGGAUCAGCUCAUUACCCCCAAGGCUUCUCGAAUAAGAAAAGGUACCUCAUUGUCAGAAACAAGCAAUAGAUCUUCGAAAAAGUCCUUUGUGAAAAAUAAAGAGGUAAAAACUUCAAAGAAGGGAACCUUGACGCCUAUUACUCAAGAAAAGAUCACUGGUCCUGCCAAAGAAGCCUCCAAAGGUAAAGCUUUGGCCACAGAAGAUCGACGACCAAGUAAACAAAUUCAAAGCACUAUGCCUAAGUUGAUGGCAUCAGGAAUUGCCUCUGCCAGGGUCGAGGUCACACAAGAACUCAAUUUUCAAUCAGAUGACUUAGACUUAGGCAAAUCUUUGGUGUCAACUAAAUUCGCUUUUCCCUUACCUGACUGGGAGAAGACUUCUAUCAACCCUGGUAUCGACGAAGAGUAUAUAUGUCGGACUCCAUCACCUCUCAUACCUGUGGGCGAUGAACAACAUCCCAUCCGGAAAAUAGUGCGUUAAUAUACUGCUAUGUUAGUGAUUAUAGGUCGGGUGGACGUUUCUUUGCUUAUGAUGCAUUUCCUUUUUCGAUGAAUUUCCAUUUCACUGUCAUCAUUUGAUGUACUACAACCUUAUGGUGCAUAUGUUAAUGUUAUGCUACUUUGUUUUUUGAAGUUAAAUUAAUUCUACUUUUAUUAUCAA